AUGAAGUACUUACUUUCUCUCGUUACUCUUGUAGCGGUAACAAAUGCUGUUGUUAUCCCCAGACAAGUUAUUCCAUGUACAUUCUACAUGGCCGCAGUCGGUGAUCCCAAUGGAUCUAUUGUCGAAACCACCAUAGGAGAAAACCGAAUUGGCGGAACCUAUCCCCAAGGCCUCUACAGCAUCGAUGCCAAGAAGCUCACCGAUACCGAAGGUCACAAUUGCAGUAUAUCCUCCACCACAGCCCAGUUUCAAUGUAUUCAAGGUUCCGCCGUCACAUUAUUCACAUUGGGAGAUAAUGGAAAUUUACUCUACAACAACACCAAUGCGAAUUGGCUAGCCUGUCCUGCGACGGGACCCGGUGAGGAUGGAAGUUUCAACAUAUUCACCCAGGCCAAGAAGAACACAACGGGUUGUGAAACCAUCCAAAUCGUCACUGGAGGAUUUAGCUGUGCGGCUUUGGGCAGACCCACGAGUACAUCGACGAGUUCCAUCGCAUCUGCAACUUCCACUCCUACUUUUUCCAUCAUCCCCCUGCCCGCAACUACCUCGACAACCUCCGUCACCGCCUCCUGCCCCACAGACAUCACAUCAGGCCCCUUCCAAUACCCCCACCUCAUCGUACCUAUAUCUCCCGAAUCCCCCACCCACGCAUUCGGCAACCAAUUCACCGCACACAUCACACCCGAAAACAGCACCCUCUUCAACUUCGACAUACCUUCUUCUGCCCCUUACACAGGAACCUGCGCUCUACUCUUCCUACUACCCGUCGCAUCAGCCACUCAAGCCGGAACGUAUAAUUUCACAGGCAUCGAAGAAGAGACUGAGCAAAAUGGUGGGAUUAAUUUUGCAGUGCUGGAUGGAAUUGCAAACGUAAAUACGACGUGGGAUUCGAAACCGGUUGUAAAGAGUGAUUUGGGUACGCUGCAGGUUCUGCCUGGAAAGGGGUAUACGGUGGCGGUGUUUGAGUGUCCCGCGGGGAAAACAAAGAGUUAUAGUGCGGAGAGUGUGGGGGGACUGGGGUUGGAGUAUUUUGAGAAUAGUGCGAGUAGUGCUAUUGGGUUGUUUAUGGUGCCUUGUUCUUAG